UGAGGUGCUGGACUAAAUAUAGGCACAACUCAUCGUAUAUUAUCAGCAGCAAGAUUUUACUGUGGUGAUAUUGUUCUGCGAAGGCAGAUUCAGAUAUAGUACUGCUUAGACAAUAUGGCCCAGAACAUAGUGACCUCAGAGGAGCUGGACUUGAAGACUGUGCGAGUCGUGCUGGUUGUCGAGGGCCUGGAGGUUGGACACCUUGGUGGCAAGAAGAAUGCAGAUGUCCUUGUUGACUUUAAGGAAACAUCACUUUGUGUGCAAGCAGAAGUACGCAGAAAGAAGGGUGUUGUGAAAUACAAGCAGGUCAUCAAGAAGCUUCCUGGAGAAAUAGAUCCUGACAAAUGUUCCUUCAAGUUCAAGAAGGACCAGAUCAUCCUGGACCUGAAGAAGAAGGAGGAGUCCUCCUGGGCGGUACAGCUGUCUACAUCAGGGCUGGAACAAGCCUCCUCUGAUGAAAGUGACUAACAUGUAUUAUGUCUGUGUCUCACUGCCAGAUGUGUUGUAUCUGGUCAAUGUCUGUAACCUAUGCUGUCAAUCUUGUUGCUCAUCUGUUUCAACUCAAGCAUGACGUUAAACCCAAUUUCACCUCACCCAUCUGUUUCAAUGAUCAUUAGGCAAACAUUUUGAAUGUGACAUUUUUGUAUGUCGGUUACAGAAUAAUGAGAAUAUGUCCCAAAGGUUUAGUGACAUGGGAUAAGAGCUUUAAGGCUGAUUUGGCUUGUUUGAUUUUUGUCUUGCAUAUUACAUUAGCAUGUCUUGUUUUGGAAGUCUGUCCUAUGAUAAAACUGUUUACACAAAUCAAUCUUGAUUAGAUUCUUUCCAUUUGAGGUUUACCAGUCAUACCAGUAUUUGUUUUUAAAAACAAGGAAAACUUGAACAUGUGUUAAAGGUACAUGUAAAACAUAUAUAUAUGCUUUCAUGAAAGGACAACGGAUAAUAUCCUGUCAUGUGGUACUCUUGAUUCAUUUCAGCAGUUCAGGUCAGAACAACAAAUUUAUGAUCAAUUAGGGCUUGAGGUAGGUGGAGACUUAAAGAGUUUAUGCUUUCCAGUAGGUAGCAUAUGUUUGAUUAGUUUGCUUGAUAGUAGCUUGGACUGUAUUGUUAUGAAGUUACUUGCUCAAGAAGAUAUGGAAGUGUAUGUGCUUGCCUCUUGAUCAAAUAUAUCAAGAACCAUGAAAUCAGUAAUUUAAAAUUAAGCACCUUGAUGCAAUGAAAACAUAUCUUACAUUUUCUGGUCCACUGAUGUAUUGCUGACCUUUUCACUGAGAUAAUAAAUAUAAAAUCAAAAUAUACAUCAAGAUAUGAUCAGGAAGUUUAAAUGCGUUAUAUUUAUUACAUGGCAUAUCUUUGAUUCUGAUGGUCAGUUUAGACGGAAUAAGUGCUCUUAUUGUUUUUAAAGAUUGAGGCUAAUUUGUGUACUAUAAUUGGCAGGCAUAUUUACUGAUACAGAAUUCAUCUUUUUGUAAGGUAUUUUCAGUAGCCAGAGACUAUAUAUGCAGCAUUUGAACAACUGUUAUUAAAAUGUAAUAGCUCGGAUAUUGUUUGAUCUUCAUUAUUCAGAUAUGUUUAAUAAGUAUAAGAAUCGUAAUUUAUUGUUAACUGUCAUUGAACACUAUUUUGAGAAUGAAACCUGUGCUCUUUUGUAUGUUAAAUAACUACGCAGGGAUUAAUAACAUAUAUCAUGCACAUGUUUUAAUCGAUGUAGCAUUUUGCACACUUUAUUGUUAACAACCAUCUGUUUUCCUUGUGAUGUCCAGCUUUACGAUGUAACUAUUACUGCACACAAAGAAUAAAAUGUGGAGAUGAGGAAAUCAUUUCAUUUCAAAUCCCCUUAUGCAACAAUGUUUUAAGUCUGGUAUGUCCAUCUCCAUUGCUCGGACUGCCAACAGGACCUGUGCAAUCCCAAAAUAUGCUGAACCAACAAACUUUCAUACAGUCUUAUAUACAGGUCAUUAGUUCAAAGAGAUAUCACACUCUUCCACAUCUUGUUGUUGCAAAAACUGUUCAUACGUUAUUCAUAGAAUCAAUAAAGUACCCCAAAAAAAAAAAAGAAAAGAUUUCUAAUUUUUCACAUCCUCACAUAUUGCAAAUAUUGUUUGCUCAUCAAUUUGGGAACUUG